CCUGACUCAGCUCAAACAUGGCUGCGCUGGAAGCUCUGCUGAUUUGGGCGCCGGGAGCAGGAGGUACUCCACGAAUGAGAAAAUUGACAAUGUGUUUUGCGUAAUUCAUCUCUUUCUAUCUCCCUGCACUCUGUGCUGGGAAAAUGCAUCAUCCAUUUGGAGAAGAGGAAACUGCUUCUCAGAAGCAGCUUUUUGGAUUUUUCUGUGAAUGCCUUCGGAGAGGAGAAUGGGAGUUGGCACAGGCAUGUGUACCUCAGCUACACGAGGCCCAAGGGGAUAUCCCAAAGAAGGUGGAAGAUAUACUUCAGGCGCUGGUCGUGUGUCCCAGUCAGCUGAGAUGUGGACAGGAUAUCAACCCUCAAAGAUUAGCCUGGGUCUGGCUUCUUGUACUGGAAAAAUGGUUGGCCCUGGAAAAGAAGUUACUUCCAGCUGGUUUCCGGAGAAAACUUGAGUUUCUUUUAUUGUCAGAAGACCUCCCAGGUGACAUACCAGAGGACAUCCUCAAGGAGCUGUACACGGUCUUAGCACAAGAUGCAGCAGACCCUGUGCUUGACGGAAAUCAGAGGCAAGAGAGCUGGCCCCCUUGGCUCAGCUCAGAAGCUGUCGCUCUGCUCUGGGAUCUCCUGCGGGAGGCGCCUCAGCCCGCGCAGGCCCUGCUGGAGCUCCUGCUUGGGGAGGAAGACGGCACGGGCCUCCAAGGCUGGCCCCUGCAGAAGGCGCUGGUGGACCUCAUUCGAAAGGCACUGCGAGCUUUGCGGGGUCCUGCCAGCGGGCACCCAGGGGCAGUCGAUGCCAUCUACGGAGCCCUGCGGACUCUGCGCUGCCCUGCAGAGCCGCUCGGGGCUGAGCUGCGUCUCCUGUGUGAGGAACUGCUGGAGGCCAGCAGGUCGGAGGCGAGUCCCCUGCGGGAGGAGCGGCUGCUCGGCUGCCUGCUGCACAAGGCCGGGCGGGGCCUGGUGUCCCUGUAUGGCCACACCUAUGCAGAGAAGGCCCCAGAAAAGCCACCGAUGCCCACACCCUCGGGAAAAGUCUCACCGGCUCAUCUAGAUCCUGAGCGGGCAAUGCUAGCCUUGUUCUCCAAUCCUGACCCAGCCCAGGCUUGGAAAUUGGCCUAUUUCUACUGCCUGAGCAACAGCAAGCACUUCCUCGAGCAGAUCCUGGUGACAGCACUCACCCUGUUGAAGGAGGAAGACUUCCCAAGUCUUGGCUGCCUGCUAGAUAGAGAAUUCAGCCCUCUCAGUCGACUGCUCGUGCUCCUGGGCUGGACACACUGCCAGAGCCUAGCGUCAGCCAAGAGGCUGCUCCAGACACUCCACAGGACCCAGGACCAAGGCUGUGAUAAGCUCCUCAGGGAUGCCUGUGAUGGGCUGUGGGCUCACCUGGAGGUCCUGGAGUGGUGUGUGCAGCAGAGCAGCAACCCCAUACCAAAGAGAGAUCUCUUGUGUCACUUACAUGGUGGAGAAAGCCACUCAGUGCUCUACUCUCUCCAUCACCUUACAAACCUUCCAGCCCUCAGGGAGGAAGAUGUCCUCAAGCUCCUACAGAAGGUGCCAGCCAAGGACCCCCAGCAAGAGCAUGAUUCAACUGACGCCACGGUCCCUGCGCACCUGAGCCGCUGUCAGAACCUGACACUCUACCGGAGCUUCUGUGCCAUGAAGUAUGCCAUCUAUGCCCUCUGUGUGAACUCACACCGGCACUCCCAGUGCCAGGAAUGCAAAGACGGACCCUCUGAGGACCUGGCCGCGGCUGCAGAGCCAGUGAACGAUUCUCUCUCCUCCCCAGGUGCUUCAGAUCUCUUUUCAACAUACCUGGCCAGGUGUCAGCAGUAUCUGUGCAGUGUUCCUGACUCUCUGUGCCUGGAACUUCUAGAAAACGUCUUCUCAUUGCUCCUCGUCACCUCUGCUGAUCUUCACCCAGAGCCUCACCUGCCCGAGGACUACGCUGAGGAUGAUGACGUUGAGGGGAGGGGCCCGUUGGGUUUGAGGUCCCCGUCAGAGAGCCCUCAGCACGUAGCACAGCCUGAGAGGAGGUCAGAACAGGGUUCCCUGGGGGCCUCCAGGAGCCUGGCCUACACAGUUCCAAGCUGUCUGAAGGCAGAGCCAAAAGACAGUUCCCCAGAGCCUCACAGGCACAGCUUUUUGGACCUAAAGCACUUUACUAGCGGUGUCAGUGGGUUCCUGGCUGAUGAAUAUGUAAUGGGGGCCUUCCUUAGGCUGCUGCAGGAGCAGCUGGAUGAGCUAAGCAGCCGCAGCGCCCCCGAGAAGCCAAAGCUGCUUGAAGGCCAGAGUGGCUUGGGCAGCAGCAGCAGAGACGGACUGCAGAGCCGCCUGCACCAGUUCUCCAAGGUUCUCUCUGAGGCCCAGUGGAGGUACAAGGUGGUGACCAGCAACCAGGGCUCAGAGGAGCAACCCUCCCGAAGAUACCGGCCCAUCGCCACAUGGCACCCCCGUCUCCGCCGGGGUCGUCGGACAAGAAGGAGCCGGGCAGACGGCCGGGACAGAGGUUCCAACCCAUCCCUGGAAAGUACGAGUAGUGAGCUGAGCACAAGUACUUCAGAAGGAAGUCUGAGCGCUGCAUCUGGGAAGAAUGAGCUGGAUGGCCGGUUGCAGCCUCAACCUCAAAGUUCACUCAUCCGCAUGAUGUUCUCCCCACCUGAGUCACUGCUGGCAUCCUGCAUCCUCCGGGGGAACUUCGCAGAAGCCCAUCAGGUGGUGUUCACAUUCAACCUGAAGUCCUCGCCCAGCUCCGGGGAGCUGCUGUUCAUGGAGCGCUACCAGGAGGUCAUCCAGGAGCUGGCCCGAGUAGAGCACAAGAUCGAAAACCAGAACUCGGACGGGGGUAGUGGCACCAUCCGAAGAACAGGCAGCGGCCGCUCAACUCUGCAGGCCAUUGGCAGCGCUGCAGCCGCAGGGAUGGUAUUUUACUCCAUCUCUGAUGUGACCGACAAGCUGCUCAGCACCUCGGGAGACCCCAUCCCCACACUCCAGGAGGACUUCUGGAUAAGCAGUAGCGCGGUGGAGCCCACUGCCCCCCUGAGAGAGGUUCUGGAAGACCUCAGCCCCCCCGCCAUGGCUGCAUUUGACCUGGCUUGCUCUCGGUGCCAGCUCUGGAAAACCGGCAAGCAGCUCUUGGAAACCGCUGAGCGGCGCCUGAACAGCAGCCUUGAGAGUCGGGGUCGCCGGCUAGACCACGUAUUCCUCAGUGCUGAUGGCAUUCGAGGUUUUCCAGGCGUUCUUCAGCAGAUCAGUAAGAUUCUCAAUUACCCACUUCUGUCAGCCGGACAAAUCAAAUCAGAGAGUGUAGAGGAAAAGGGGGGAGGUCCCCCACGGUGCAGCAUUGCUGAGCUGCUUCAGAUGUGCUGGCCCAGCCUCACCGAGGACUGUGUCGCCAGCCACGCUACCCUCGCCCAGCAGCUGGAGCAGAUCCUUCAGUCACUGAGAGAAGCACUGGAGCUGCCAGAGCCCAGGAGUACUCCACUCACCUCCCUGGUGGAGCAGGUGGCCGAGAAAGCUCUGGAGGCAGAGGCCCACCCUGUGUAUAUCCAGACUCAGCUCCUCCAGAAGAACCUGGGCAAACAGAUGCCAGCAGGCGGCAGGCAGACUGACUACAUGGGCACCUUCUUCAGGUACUGCAGCACGCUGGCUGCUGUUCUCCUGCGGAGCUUGAGCUCUGAGCCUGAUCACGUAGAGGUCAAGGUAGGAAACCCCUUUGUUCUCCUGCAACAGAGCUCUUCCCAACUGGUGUCACACCUCCUGCUUGAGCGACAAGUUCCCCCAGAGAGGCUGGCAGCCCUUCUGGCCCGGGAGGGUCUCAGCCUGAGUGUGCCACAGGUCAUUGUCAGCUGCUGCUGUGAGCCCCUUGCCCUUUGCUCUUCCCGUCAGAGCCAGCAGACAUCAUCCCUUCUGACCCAGCUGGGCAUCCUGACCCAGCUGCAUACCUCCCACUGCCUGGAGGACCUCCCACUUUCUACACUGAGCUCCUCAAAGCCAACUGAGAAUCCCACGCUGGAGAGAAAGCCCCCUUCCUCCCCGAGGGAUUCAGCAGGCCCAGCCCUCACCUCCUCUGCCUUGGCCUUCCUUAAGUCCCGCUCGAAGCUGCUGGCUACCGUGGCCUGUCUGGGGGCUUCCCAGGGGUUAAAGACCACCAAGCCCGGCUUGUCUUGGAAGGAGCUUCGUGGCCGCAGGGAGGUGCCUCUGACUGCAGAGCAGGUAGCCCGGGAGUGUGAGCGCCUCCUGGAACAGUUCCCUAUGCUUGAGGCCUCCCUCCUAGCUGCCUGGGAGCCCCUACGAGGGUCCUCCAAGCAGGGGCAGAGUCUGGCAGCGAGUCUCUGCGGCCGGGCCAGUCUCUCUACCGUCCUCCUGGGCCUGCAUUCUCCCAUAGCCCUGGAUGUGCUCACCGAGGCCUUCGAGGAAGCCCUGGUGGCCAGAGAUUGGCACCGGGCCCUUCAGCUCACUGAAGUGUACGGGCGAGAUGUGGACAACUUGAGCAGCAUACAGGAUGCGGUCCUGAGCUGUGCUGCGGCAGGUGUCAAAGAAGGUUGGCAGUACCUGUUUGCUGUGAAGGAUGCAUCUCUGAGAAGUCGGCUAACACUGCAGUUUGUGGACCGGUGGCCCCUGGAGUCGUGCCUGGAGAUCCUGGCCUACUGCAUUUCAGACACAGCUCUCCAAGAUGGGCUGGAGUGUGAGCUACAGAGAAAGCUAGCAGAGCUGCUGGUGUAUCAGAAGAUCCUAGGUUUGCAGGCUACCCCCAUGUGGUGUGACUGGCAGACCCUGAGGAACUGUUGUGUCGAGGACCCAUCAACUGUCAUGAAUGUGAUUCUAGAAGCCAAGGAGUAUGAGCUGUGUGAGGAGUGGGGCUGCCUAUACCCCAUUCCAAGAGAACAUUUAAUCAACCUACAUCAAAAGCAUCUUCUCCACCUUCUAGAAAGAGGAGAUCAUGAAAAGGCUCUGCAACUCCUGCGAAGAAUUCCUGACCUCACCAUGUGCCUUGAGGUCACAGAGCAGUCCCUCGACCAGCACUGUAGCUUGGCCACUUCUCACUUCUUGGCCAACUACCUCACCACCCACUUCUAUGGAGAACUGACCGCUGACCGACGCUGUGAAAUCCAGGCACUGUACAUGGGAUCCAAGGUCCUGCUAACCCUGCCCGAGCAGCACCGGGCCAGCUACUCCCACUUGUCCUCUAACCCCCUGCUCAUGCUGGAGCAGCUGCUCAUGAACAUGAAAGUGGAUUGGGCCACCAUGGCUGUGCAGACUCUGCACCAGCUGCUGGCCGGCCGGGAGAUUGGCUUCACCAUGGACGAGGUGGACUCGCUGCUUUCCAGAUACGCAGGAAAAGCCCUGGACUUUCUGUACCCUCUGCGGGAGAAACGCUCAGAUUCUGUGAUUCACCUCCAGGAAAUUGUCAGUCCGGCUUCAGACCUCGAGACCUUGUCUAGGUCACCAUCAGCGGAGUUCUCUUCUGUUGCUGCUCCUGGUGUCUCCAUUGUGCAUUCCCCCAGUCCGAGAGAGAGGAGCUUCCCACAGAGUCAGCCGCCACUGGAGUUUGUGCCCCCAGCAACGCCCCCUGCCAGGCACCAGUGGGUACCGGAUGAGAGUGAGAGCACCUGCAUGGUCUGCUGCAGGGAGCGCUUCACCAUGUUUAACAGGCGUCAUCACUGUCGCCGCUGUGGUCGGCUAGUGUGCAGUUCCUGCUCCACUAAGAAAACGGUGGUGGAAGGCUGCCGAGAGAACCCUACUCGCGUGUGUGACCAGUGCUAUAGUUACUUCAACAAAGAUGCGCCAGAGGAGAAUCCAGGACAACCAGGAGCACCAGACAGCCCCAAGAGCGAAAGCCCUCCAUACUCAGCUGUGGUGAGAGUCCCCAAAGCAGCUGAGGUGGAAUGGAUUUUGGAUCUGAAUGAGGAGGAAAAUGAGCUGGUGCGGAGUGAAUUUUACUAUGAGCAGGCCCCCAGUGCCUCCUUGUGUAUCGCCAUCCUGAAUCUGCACCAGGACAGCGUUGCCUGCGGCCACCAGCUGAUUGAGCACUGCUGCAGGCUGUCCCAGGGGCUCACCAACCCGGAGGUGGACGCAGGGCUGCUCACAGACAUCAUGAAGCAGCUGCUGUUCAGCGCCAAGAUGAUGUUCGUCAAGGCGGGCCGGAGCCAGGACCUGGCUCUUUGUGACAGCUACAUCAGCAAGGUAGAUGUGCUGAAUAUUUUAGUUGCUGCUGCCUAUCGCCACGUGCCAUCUCUGGAUCAGAUCUUGCAACCAGCCGCAGUAACCAGGCUAAGGAACCAGCUUUUGGAAGCUGAGUACUACCAACUGGGCGUUGAGGUCUCCACAAAGACUGGCCUUGAUACCACCGGGGCAUGGCACGCUUGGGGCAUGGCCUGCCUCAAAGCUGGGAACCUCGCCGCUGCACGGGAGAAGUUUAGUCGCUGUCUGAAGCCCCCUCUCGACCUCAAUCAGCUGAGUCAUGGCUCAAGACUGGUACAGGAUGUGGUUGAGUACCUGGAGUCCACAGCGAGGCCACUUCUAUCCGUGCAAGAUGAUGAUUACUUGGCCACCUUGAAAGAGCUGGAAGCUACCCUUCGGACCCAGAGCCUCUCUCUGGAGGUGAUUCCUGAAGGGAAGAUCAUGAACAACACCUACUACCAAGAAUGCCUCUUCUACCUGCAUAACUACAGCACCAACCUGGCCAUCAUCAACUUCUAUGUGAGGCACAGCUGCCUGCGGGAAGCCCUGCUGCACCUGCUCCACAAGGAGAGUCCCCCAGAAAUCUUCAUAGAAGGCAUUUUCCAGCCAAGCUAUAAAAGUGGGAAGCUACACGUUUUAGAAAACUUGCUAGAAUCCAUUGAUCCAACCUUGGAAAGCUGGGGAAAGUACUUGAUUGCCGCCUGCCAACAUUUACAGAAGAAGAACUACUACCACAUUCUGUAUGAGCUACAGCAGUUUAUGAAGGACCACAUCCGGGCCGCCAUGACCUGUAUUCGGUUCUUCAGUCACAAAGCAAAGACAUAUACGGAGCUGGGAGAGAAGCUCUCUUGGCUGCUUAAGGCCAAGGACCACCUGAAGAUCUACCUCCAAGAAACCUCCCGCCGUACUGGAAGGAAGAAAACCACCUUCUUCCGAAAGAAGAUGACGGCAGCUGAUGUGUCAAGGCACAUGAACACACUUCAGCUGCAGAUGGAAGUGACCAGGUUCUUACAUCGCUGCGAAAGUGCUGGGACAUCUCAGAUCACCCCCUUGCCUCUGCCAACCCUGUUUGGAAACAACCACAUGAAAAUGGAUGUUGCCUGCAAGGUCAUGCUAGGAGGGAAAAAUGUAGAAGAUGGUUUUGGAAUUGCAUUCCGUGUUCUGCAGGACUUCCAGCUGGACGCUGCCGCAACCUACUGCAAAGCCGCCCGGCAGUUGGUGGAGAGGGAGAAGUACAGUGAGAUCCGACAGCUGCUCAAAUGUGUCAGCGAGUCAGGCAUGGCGGCCAAAAGUGACGGGGACACCAUCCUCCUCAACUGCUUGGAAGCGUUCAAGAGAAUUCCACCCCAGGAGCUGGAGGGCCUGAUCCAGGCGAUAAACAGUGAUGACAACAAGGUUCAGGCCUACCUGACGUGUUGCAAGCUGCGUUCUGCCUACUUGAUCGCUGUGAAGCAAGAACACUCACGGGCCGCAGUCCUCGUCCAGCAGUCUCUUCGGAACAGAAGGAUGGACAUGCAGAGACCCAAGGUCAUUGAGAAGGCAGUGCACUUCUUUGUCUUAACAAAGGGAGUCACAGGUUCACUUUGAAGUUGGGCCAGCAGACAAGAAUUAAACAAGGGGGGCUUCCCUGGUGGCGCAGUGGUUAAGAAUCCUUGCCUGCCAAUGCAGGGGACAGAGGUUCGAGCCCUGGUCUGGGAAGAUCCCACAUGCCACGGAGCAGCUAAGCCUGUGCGCCACAACUACUGAAGCCUGCGCGCCUACAGCCCAUGCUCUGCAACAAGAGAAGCCACUGCAAUGAGAAGCCCAUGCACCGCAACGAAGAGUAGUCCCCGCUCGCCGCAACUAGAGAAAACCUGUGCACAGCAACAAAGACCCAACUCAGCCAUAAAUAAAUAAAUAAAUAAAUAAAUUUUUUUUUAAAAAAAAAGAACUAAACAAGGGGAUGAUGAAAUAGGUCAUGUCCAGUUGGGCAACUAGGUGAAGUGCUCCUUUAAUAAGCAUUGGUCUGUCUUCCCACCGGAGAUGUGACAGCAUUUUGGAAAAGGUCUGCCAUAGUCCAUGACUUGGAUUUGCAAAUGAGGGGUGUGAGGAAAGCUCCGCAUCUGCGAGCCUCCCACCAGCCAGAGCUCAGCCUGUUGAUCUCACGUUUGCUGCUGAGAGAAACGGGAGCUAGAAGCCAAAGUCACUAUCUCUGGUGCUUAGAAACCCUGUGGAUUUCCCUCUGAACCAGGUUUUUUUAAUAGUAAACAACUGUAAGAGCAUCUGUCAGAUUCAAAGUUUUGGUCCUCUUAGGGGAGAGGCUGAAAAGAAAAUACUAGACCCCUUUAUGGGGAAGUGUGACAAGUGGCUUUUCCUUCUUUGAGUCAUAGAAUGCAUCUGUCUCCCAGAAAACAUCAUUUCCUGGCAUCUGCUUGCCCUUCUGAGUCUGCCCUUUUUGCACUGAACAUAAGCACUUUAUAUAAAUGGGUUGCAAAUCUUACAGCCCUUAAUUUGGGAUGUUAAGACCAGAUUUUCCUGACUCUCUCCUCAACUAGUUGAACUAUAAAAUAGGCAACCAUUGACUAGACUGACAUAAGAUGAGGCUAAAGGCUUUUGGGCAUCAAGCUGUGGUCUCCAACAAAAAACAAAAUAACAAACUAAUGGACACGUCAAAGGGUUGAAUGUUUUACUACAAGCAAGUCUUAAUAAAUUGUCCUACAAGUU